UUUAAUUGAAUCUGUUGUUUUAUUUAAUUUAUCUAUAUUAUUAUUAUUGUGAUGAUGGUGGACGACGAAGAUGAUUAUGACGAUGACGAACUUCCAACAAUAAUCGUAAAUGGGUCUCUACAACAACAGAGUGAGUUUAUUAUGCCAUCUGCAGAAGCAUUGGCUUCAGAACGAGCACGUGAGAAGGAAUGUGAACGUGAGAUAGAGCAGAUGCGAUGCGAGCACGAGGCAACCGCCCGCUUCGCUCACAGCGACUCUAGCAGCUCUGAGAGUGAAGUGCUCUCGGCUGCCGUGGAAGCGCUACAAGUGCAAUCCACACCUCCCUCACUUACCCGCCCAGACCCCUCCCACCUUCUUGGCGACUUACUGCAACUCAUGCGCCCUGAACACAGCCUGUUUAUUCGAGAUUACCUUGAUAUGAUCCAACAUGCAGACAGUGUUACUAUCGACCACAUCACAUAUGACGCGACGUCGAGCAUUCUGUGGUCGGUGAGCGCGGCAGCGAUGGGAGCAGGUACGUGGGGUGAGGCGGAGAUUGUAGGCGUGGGCGCGUGGUUGUGUGCAGCGUGCUUGUGGGGGGAGCCAGCCCAUCCUUCUCCAUCACAACCCCUUCCAUCGGGAACUACGACUCGACCACCACGAACGACGCGCGCGCGUCUUCGCCGUGCAUUGCAUUGUCUCCUAGACAUUGCAAAUCCUCAACAUGUACAAAGUCUGACGCAUGUAAUGGUGCGUGCGGUAAAGGAGCCGCUGGCUCGGCUGGAGCUGGCGGAGGCGGCGGGCGGCGGUGAACUGACCUCCGGCCUGCUGCAUGCCGCCCUGCGGGACCUGCUCUCCACCGAUAGCCACCAGGAAGACUCGGAACCUCCAGGUCGCAGCUCGCCGAACGAGUUGGCAGAGCUAGUGUGCUCACGGUGGCGCUCUCUAUCGGCGGACGCGCGCUAUGCCGUUGUGCAGGUGGCUAGCAGGGCACUACUACGGCCGGCCGCCGCGGAUCCCUCGCCCGAUGCGUCCGCCAUCCGCCGCCUGCUGGCCGAGAUAUCACACCCCAUCUCCGUGCCGCUCGCAGACAGACACCGCCCGGAACACCUCAAAGUCCUUGUUGCUGCCUCAAAACUACAGUUACUAUUUCGUGGAAAAAAACAAGACUGACUAUUAAAUUGUCUUUUAUUUUUAAAUAAAUAAGUC